GUACUUAUCCCUUGCAUCGAUUCGUCCAUAUUUUCUCCCUCCACUUUUCGCUCUCGUACAUCAGAGCUGAUUAUAAUUUCACUAAAUUCUCUCUCCUCUAUCCGCGAGUGAAAGUAGGCGAUUACGAAGUCGUCAAAUAAAAUACCGAACGAACGUUAUAAUUGCUUGCUAUUUUUAAAAACCGUUGAAUAAUCGCGUGGAAUAAAAAUAAAAGGAACUAGACUUUUUCGAGAGGAUAAUUAAGCCGGGACGUGUGCGUACGUCGGUUCAACGGCGCGCAGAUGUAACACAACAAGUAUAAUGGUAAUAAUUCGUGCAAUAAAAAGUAAGUAAGCACAGUACAUAUCGAUUAGCGCUGAUUCGCGAAACUUACUUAAAGCCGAACGAUGUUUCGUUCUCUCGCUACCAAACAAGAUGCGAAACGUAUAUGAGUUUAUGCAUGUAAGUUGGUAAGCGUACACGUGUGCGGUAUCCCUAUCCGUAUACGAAUGUGUGUGUGUAUAGAGCAGGUAGAGUUUAUACUAACAAUAAGUCAUGGUUAUAGAACAAAGCAAAGAGGUGGUUGUUGCUCGGCGUAAAUUGUCCCUGUGUCGAAAGUUGUUGGUGAGUUAUUGCGUUGUAUCUGGACGGGCUGCCAGUAACUGGCCUACUUCCAUGUCUUACUUGCCGAUUCGCAAUCACGUACACGAUACUCGGUAUGCACGUACACCGCACCUAUACCGGCAUAACGCGGAGGCUCUUCGUCUUCCAACGUCUCCCAAGGCGUCGAGGCGAUACAGACAAACCGAAGAAAAGUACGACCUACAAUGUCGCAUGACACCACGAUUAUACCGGAUUUAAAUUAACCGUAGAGUACAUUAUCAGUUACAUCAUUCGCACGUUGCACAAUAACAACGCCGAUCAGAUUUUCAACUCCUGCAGGUGUAUUCGCUGUUGUAUCUGACGUACGAAAAAUGAGUACAGAGUAUUGAUGAAUAAAAUGUGAUAAAAAAAAAGUGCAACGGUAUAUAUUCUACUUUCCGAUGACAGGGAAAAGUGAGUGUAUUUGUUUAUCCCGUAUAGUACCACCUGCCGCUCGAGGGUUGCCUUGACUUCCUUCGGCUUCCGGAUUAACAUUCCAGCGGGCCGAGCGGCUGCGGAUAAUGUGGCGUAUAUAAAGUCUAGCGAUAGUAAAAAAUAUCGCUAAUUCCCAGUCCGCGAGUCUAGUAGAGCUAGUUGGCUGCAGGUUGUAAACGUAGGCAAGAAACUCGCAUUCAUCCGACAAAUUAACGAGUUUAAUAAUUUCCACUGUUCCAGGAGCAAAAACACUUUACUCCAACAUUUCCCCUCCCCCC